CCAGAUUUCAGAUCCAUAAUGCACUAACCCAAAACCCAUUGCUCUGAAAUCUAAAUCUUUCAGCUGCUUAAGAAUCCAGCUUGAGUUUUGGUGCUAAAGGUGGAGUGUUUCUAGUUUUUCAGUCACGUAUUUGGAAAUAUAAUCUGUUUUGGUAACUUACCUGCCAGAAACUGAAACUGAAAAAGGGGUUUUACUUUUUUUGGGGUUGGGAGAAUCUAAGGGACUGAAGCUUGUUCUGCAGGUGUUUUAAAGAGGGCAUAUAGGUUGAAAUCUUGAAGAUAUUCAGGAUGUUCAAGCUGUCUCCUCGCAGGAGCCCGAGAUCUAAAGGUUUUAAGGUGAAGCAUGUUCUACAAAUAUGUAUUUUGGUGGGUGUCUGCAUCUGGCUUCUUUACCAAGUCAAGCAGUCUCAAGCCAAGAAAGUACAAUUGGCUACAAGCAUGAAGGAUGGGGAUAGAAUUGUAAAGCUGGGAAGAAAGGACCUCAACCCUCUUCGGGAGGUAACUGUGGUAGAGGAUGCAAGGCAUAAGGUGGAUGAUGAUGAAGAUGAAAACAGGAAUGUGGAAGAGCCAAUUAAACCUGAAGAGAUUGGUAAUGUAGGAGGAGGCGGUGGAGAAGAUCAGGGAAAUGAAAAUGGGCAGCCAAAAGUUAAAGAGACAACGGAUGAUCAUGUGGAUUCAGGAGAAGGAGAUAAAGCAAUGGAAGUGACAAGGGAAACUAGUAAUGAGGAGAGCACUGGGAAUGAAAAUGAAGAGAUCAAGGAUGAUGCAGAUGGAAACACAAAAAAUGAAGAUGUCAGAGAGAAUGAAACUGAGGAAAGCAAUGAAAAGGUAACUGAAGAGGUUAAAGAGAAAGAAAGUGAAGAGGGGAAGGAGACUGAGGAAAGCAAUGAGAAGGUAACUGAAGAGGUCAAAGAGAAAGAAAGUGAAGAGGGGAAGGCGACUGAGGUAAGCGAUGAGAAGGUAAUUGAGGAAGUUAAAGAGAAAGAAAGUGAAGAGGUAAAGGAGACCGAUGCCAAAGAAAAAGAAGAUGAAGAGGUGAAGGAAAAUGAAGAGACCAAGAUGGAAGGAACAUCAGAGGAGAGUCAGGGGGAGGUUGAUAAAGACGAGGGGGAAGAGCACAAUGUGACCGAUAAAGAAAAGGAGGCAGAAGAAAAGGAAGUUGAAAAGAUUGAACAGGUGAUUUUGUCUGAUCGUCGGGUUCAAGGUGUAGGUGCAAAACAUAAUGAGGAGGCAAGACAAGAGCCUUACAAGGCUGAUGAUGCUUCCAGUGCUGUGGCUCAUGAAACUCAAAAUGUAUCAGCUGAUAAUGAAGAAGGUGGUUCAGGAAACACUAAAGAAUCAGAGCAGUCAGUUGACAAAGAGAAGCAGGAGUUUCAGCACGAAAAGAAUGCAGAUAACACUGUAGUGGAUAAUGACCAAAACAAGUCGGUCUCUGCCGUAACCGAAGUGGUUUCUGAGGAGAGUAAUCCUUCCGAAACAGGGAAAGCUUCCAAUUCCAGUUCAACUCUAGCCACAGAAUCAUUAGAGCAGCAGCAAGCGGACACCAAAAAGGAUGUCUAUGCUCAGCAAAAGGUUGUCAUAGAGCAAACUGAGAGAUCUGAUGUAGCUGCUAACAGUGAGCAACAAGACUUCGGCAACACAGCAUCCACAACAACUGAGAAGGGAGAUACAACUAAUGUCGAUAAUCAGACUGUCGACUCCAAUACAUCUGCACAAAAAGAGAACGAUUCUGCCUCUUCAGAGAUGAACAUCGUUCAAAAGACAAACAGUGACUCCGUGGAAAAAGGAACACAAGAAAGUACCUUAUCUCAGAAGACAAAUAACAAUGUGGAUUCUGGUGCUGAGCAACAAGUUGAUUCUUCUAGUUCCCAAGAGCAGCAAGAGAAAGAUGUAUCCUCAAGUACAGAUAACAAAUCUGAAGCAGGCAAGAAUGAAAAUGACAGUGCUGUUCAGAACAACACAAAUGGCAAUGCAGAGGGCAAUAGCAAUACGGAUGCAAACCAAGGAGAAUCAGUUGAUUCUUCCAAUUCUUCUGUAUCAGAAGAGAAAGAGGCAUCUCAAAACACUGAUAGUAAUGGUGAUUCUCAACAGAAAGAGAAUGAGAAUGUUGUUCAAAGCAAUACUGAUGACAGUGCAGAUGUGGGCCAAAAGGAAUCAGUUAAUACUUCAGUAUUCUCAGACACCAAUGCUGAAACUGGCAAUACUCAAAAUGAGAAUGUCACUCAGAGCAACGCAAAUGGAAAUGUUGUUCAGAGCAACACAAAUGUGAAUGUUGUUCAGAGCAACCUUAAAGAGAAUGAGGCUGCAGGAGGAGGAGAAUCUGGUAGUGCUCAGAAGGAAAAUGAAGCUUCGUCAAGCAAAAAUGAUAAAACUGAGGCGCAGAAUGUCAAUGUUGAUUCUACAAAUUCGUCACUCCCUGAAGAAGAAAAAGAGGCUCGGAUAGACCUGGACACUUUGCCAGAAGGCAAAGUUGAAGUGCACAACAAUGAUGCUGCAGAGUAACACCUUUGGUCAGUGUUUAUGACCACGCCUUUAUAUCAUUUUGUUUUUCCAUCUAUUUCUUCCAAGUUAAUUAGGCAUAACUGUAAUGUUCUUUGUUCAUUAUAUUUCAUUGUGAUUAUAGUGCUAAAGAUUAAAUACCAAUGAAGUUUUUUAAGGUGCUGUUUGAGUUGUAAGUUCAACGUUCUGAGAAUGCGCGAUUUGGAUGCGGUUU